AACACAGAGAAGCUUCUCGAUGACAUGUUUCUUACUGCUGCUGUGCAUAGGGGCAUUAUAAGCAAUCCAUUGUCCUUUGCAAGCACAUCAUUAAAUGCAAUGAAACUCUUGCAGGACAGCGGUAAACCAAACUUGAUUUCCAAAUGGAGCAGGUGCAUCUGGGGACCUGACGGAAAGCCCAAAUUGGAUUUUGAAAGGAUGCCAUUUGGUCUGAUUGAAUAUCAGAUUGAGUUCUUCAGCUGUUCAAAUGUCAUGCAGAUAACAUUGCCUGAGGACUAUAAGUUGUGGUUGCAGACUAUGGGUACAGAGUUCCCAGAGCGUUUCAAGAGACUGUUUGCUGGACCAAUGUGGAGUGGAAUGAAGAAAGAAGAUGUAGGAAGGCCAGAUAAGGCCAGGGUAAAUGUUGCCUGUGUGAGUAAGACGACACAGUGGAGACAUGACAGUGAUUCACUUUUUACAAUGGAACCUCGUUUGCAGGUAAAAUGACUGAUGUAAUAGGAAAGUUAUCACAAGUAUUGUACUUUAGCAGCUUACUAGCAACAUCAGUUAAGAAAUAGAAAACAUGUACAGUGCUUCUAUCAAGUUAUAGAAACGAGUGGAAGUUUUGGAGAACAAGAAAUGCUGUGUGAACAUGAGCCGCAGGCGGGUGUUUCCGCACCUUUU